AUGGCCCCAAAUCAAAGAUCACGUUCGCUUCUGCAGAGACAUCGAGGAAAGGUACUCAUUUCAUUGACUGGAAUAGCUGCUUUAUUUACCACAGGGUCGGUGGUAGUGUUUUUCGUGAAGAGAUGGUUGUAUAAACAGCAGUUACGGAUUACUGAGCAACACUUCAUCAAAGAACAGAUCAAAAGAAGGUUCGAGCAGACACAGGAAGACUCGUUGUACACAAUAUACGAGCUACUUCCUGUAUGGAGAAUGGUUUUGAAUGAAAACGAUUUGAAUUUGGACAGCAUCGUUACCCAAUUAAAGGACCAAAAGAACCAGUUGACUAGAGCAAAGUCUAGUGAAAGCAGAGAAAGUUCGCCGUUAAAAAGUAAAGCUGAGUUGUGGAACGAGUUAGAACUAAAGAGUUUGAUCAAGCUGGUGACAGUGACGUACACAGUAUCGUCGCUGAUUCUUUUAACAAGACUGCAACUAAAUAUCCUGACAAGAAACGAGUACCUGGACUCCGCAAUAAAAUUAACCAUGCAGCAGGAAAACUGCAACAAACUACAGAAUAGGUUCUAUAACUGGGUUACAUCGUGGUGGAGCGAUCCGGAGGACAAAGCGGAUGAUGCAAUGGUAAUGGCAGCAAAAAAGUCAAAGAAAGAAGGCCAGGAAGUGUAUAUUAAUGAGCAAGCUUUCCUAUCACUAUCAUGGUGGAUUCUUAACAAGGGGUGGUUGAGUUACAAUGAAAUAAUUACAAAUCAAAUCGAAAUUGAAUUUGACGGCAUACACCCAAGAGAUACUCUAACGUUAGAAGAAUUUAGUUCUCGUCUCACGAACAUAUUCCGGAACACGAAUUCCCAAAUAUUCCAGCAAAAUAAUAAUAACCUCACGUCUAUUUUGCUUCCUAAAGAUUCCAGUGGACAGGAGUUUCUUCUGUCACAGACGCUUGACGCGGAUGCUUUAACAAGUUUUCACUCUAACACACUAGUUUUUAAUCAAUUGGUGAAUGAACUGACCCAAUGUAUCGAAAGCACAGCAACAUCCAUAGUGUUAGAGUCUCUAAUAAAUGAAUCAUUCCAUUUCAUAAUGAACAAGGUCGGCAUAAAGACAAUAGCCAAGAAAAAACCUGGCCAAGAAGAUCAGCAACAGUAUCAAAUGGCAGUUUUCGCUAUGUCGAUGAAAGACUGUUGCCAAGAAAUGCUUCAAACAACUGCCGGGUCUUCCCAUAGCGGCAGCGUGAACGAAUACCUGGCCACUCUGGAUUCUGUGCAGCCGCUCGAUGAUCUGAGCGCCAGCGUAUACAGCAACUUUGGCGUCUCCAGCUCGUUUUCCUUCAAGCCUUAA